UGACGUCACUGACGCAAAUGACGUAGUGCAUCAUGGCGGCGCCCCACUCCACCAUGCAAUUCUGGAAACCCGGAUCAGAGGCCCCCGGUGUGUGUGAGGAGAGAGAUCUGUCCACUGAGACCACCGGCUCUCCCGUCAUCUAUAACCCUCACACUGCUCUCUCUAUAGAGAAACAGAGACAGAGACUGCCAGUGUUUAAGCACAGAAACAACAUCCUGUAUCUGGUUGAGAGUUUCCAGACUGUGGUGAUUGUUGGAGAAACAGGAUCUGGAAAAAGCACACAGAUCCCACAGUAUUUAUUGGAAGCGGGAUGGGCGGCCGAAGGGAAGGUGAUUGGUGUCACUCAACCUCGACGGGUGGCUGCUACAUCUGUGGCCAGUCGUGUAGCAGAGGAGCGAGGGGCGUUUCUAGGGCAUGAGGUGGGCUACACCAUCAGGUUUGACGACUGCUCUGACCCUCACGCCACACGUAUAAAGUUUCUGACAGAUGGGAUGUUAGUUCGGGAGAUGAUGUCUGACCCACUGUUAAAAAAAUACAGUGUGUUAAUGCUGGAUGAAGCCCAUGAGAGAACGCUUUAUACGGACAUCGCCAUUGGCCUGCUGAAGAAGAUUCAGAAGAAGCGGAGAGACCUGCGCUUGAUUGUAGCCUCUGCAACACUGGAUGCCAAGAAAUUUCAGGAUUUCUUCAACCUGAAUGAGUCUGGAGACCCGAGUAAAGACACCUGCGGUAUUCUGACCGUUGAGGGCCGAACUUUCCCUGUGGAUCUCUUCUACACUGUCAGUCCAGUUCCAGACUAUGUAAAGGCCACGGUUGAAACGGUGCUGAAGAUUCAUGAGACAGAAGAUGAUGGUGAUGUGUUGGCAUUUCUCACAGGACAGGAGGAGGUGGAGAAGGUGGUGUCUAUGCUUCAGGAACAGGCUCGAACUCUGUCCCGCUACGGCAUGAAGAAGCACCUGUGUGUGAUGCCCAUGUAUGCCGGUCUUCCCUAUAAUGAACAGAUGAGAGUGUUUGAGAGGAUUCCCCCUACUGUCAGAAAGGUGGUGGUUGCUACCAAUAUAGCUGAGACAUCCAUCACCAUUAAUGGCGUAGUGUUUGUCAUUGACUGUGCGUUUGUGAAGCUGAGAGCGUAUAAUCCUCAUACAGCCAUAGAGUCACUGAUCGUAACGCCCAUCUCUAAAGCCUCCGCAUGUCAGAGAGCUGGAAGAGCAGGACGAAACCGUGCAGGGAAGUGUUUCAGACUCUACACAGAGGAGGACUUUGAGAAGUUGCCUGCAUCUACAGUUCCAGAGAUGCAGCGCUCUAAUUUGGCUCCAGUCAUUCUUCAGCUCAAAGCUCUGGGAAUCGACAAUGUUCUGCGAUUCAACUUCCUGUCUCCUCCACCCGCUCAGUCUAUGGUUCAAGCUCUGGAGCUGCUCUUCGCUCUGGGAGGUCUGGAUCAGUACGGGCGUCUGACUGACCCGAUGGGCGUGCGUAUGGCAGAGUUUCCCCUCAGUCCCAUGUUUGCCAAGAUGCUGCUGGAAUCUGGAAACUUCGGCUGCUCCAAGGAGAUUGUCACCAUAGCGGCCAUGAUGCAAAUUCAGAACAUUUUUAUGGUGCCACACAAUCAGAAGAAAGCAGCUGCACGUGAGCACAGGAAGUUUGCCGUGGCUGAAGGUGAUCAUUUGACCAUGUUGAACGUUUAUGAGGCUUUUAUAAAGCAUCAGAAGAGCUCUCAGUGGUGUCAGGAUCAUUUCCUGAACUAUAAAGGUCUCUUGCGUGCCGUGACUGUACGAGAGCAGCUACGACACCUCCUCAAUAAGUUUAAGGUGCCUCGAACAUCCAGUGAAGGUGACCCGGAUGUGAUUCUCAGAUGUAUUGUGUCAGGAUUUUUUGCGAAUGCUGCUCGUAUGCAUCACUCUGGCUCCUACAGGACCCUGCGAGAUGACAGAGAACUGUACAUACACCCUGAUUCUGUGCUGUAUGGAGAAAAGCCCCCAAAAUGGGUGGUUUUCAAUGAGGUGAUUCAGACCAGUAAGUACUACAUGCGGGACGUGACGGCGGUCGAGUCUUCCUGGUUGGUGGAGUUGGCCCCUCACUUUUACAAACAGGCCAAGCACGGGUCUCUGAACAGCAAACGGGCCAAAGUCUUCUGAGCCGACCUUAUCUGACACACAUCUCCAAAAACCAGGCGCACUCAAUAUUCCUUAGACACAAAGUUUAGACACAACUUCACCACACAUGCAGAUAUUAAGCCCGAAAAACAGGAAAACACUCUUGUUACUUUUUGUAUAUACAGAUGUAUGAUAUAUGGGCCAUCAUGGUAAUCUUAUUAUUUUGAAUAGCUUUUUAGUGAAGCUGGAGAGCCAUUGGAGUCAAAUGGACUGAUUUGAUUGUUUACUGUUUGAGAGUGAAAAGUGAAUGAGAAAUAACUAUAUUUGGAUGGAUAUUUGAUGGACAGAAUGUAAAGCUUUACAACAUUGCACGAACCCCUACUCUCAAUAAUCCAUAUUAAUAGCCAAUAUUACUAUAAUAAGCUAUUUUUACAAAUGAUUUCAAACCCUCAUCGGAGAAAUACUGUGUAGCUCAAUCAUAGUGGCCUUUUAACCAUUUUGUGCCAAAUAUUAUGAAACCAUAGAGCAUUUCCUGGUAUUUAUGGAAUGUGUGAUUAAUCAUAGUUAUACUGUAAGCAUGUGACAAAAAGUGCCAUUUUUAUAUUUGUAUCCCUAAAAAUGAGCCUUGUUCUACACCUUUAGACUCAAAAACUGUGUUAUUAGGUGUAACUAGUCAUAGUUUCAUAUUGUCAUUUCCUAAGGAAUAACCAGCCAUGACUAGUUGUUUGAUAAGAUGAGAGAAAAUAGCACAGUGAAAGACACGCCUCAGGGAGGAGCUUAUUUCAUAAUUAAUUGGACUGGGGUGCCAAUCCUUUGAGUGAAGGUGGAGCCUCUGUCAUGUCAACAUAAAUGUGACGCUCUCUAAACUUGGAAGCAGCUAAUGAGCAUUUUUCCUUUGUAUUUCAGUGCUAUUUUCAUUUUACUGUGGUUUCUUUGUCCCCAACACACUUGAUUCUGUUCAAAAUCAAUUUGAAAGUUGUUAAAUUCCAUAUAAAAUCUACUUUUAAAGUUACUUCUCUAAUUUUAUUGCCAAAUCUCUCUAUGGUAAUGUAAACAGUUAUAUAUGUAGUCGGUUCAGUAGUCUGAAGUUGUGUAGCUGUCCUGUUUCACAGUCAAAUUAGCUGAAUUUAAAACCAGUUUAAACAUUAUAGCAUGAUCAACAAAUAUGGAAAAUCUCAAGUAGAUUCACAUCAGUGCAGUUAUUUGAAUCAGACAUGUAUUAUGUGAGCAAAGUGUAAUCGAAGUUCUGUCCGAAUGCCCCAUUCCAAAGCACUGUACAGCAUAUAGUUCAGUUAUUUGUUUGUAGUAAAUAAUUGUGUAUAUUACUUAUUGUGGUACAUUUUUAAAAGGAGGAAAUAAAGAAAAAACGUAAAAGACAGUAAAAAGUGAAUUGGUAGUUUGUACUGAACUGUGUGUGGUCUUUGCAUUUGAUGGUGUAUUAUGAUGGUGUGCCUUACAAAAAUAUUAAAAUGGUUCACAGAUGACUUAUCUUUGCAAAAAUAAACCAAACCGUGGCUCCCAAAAAGUAUUUGGACACUUGCUCAAAAAAUGAAGUCCCCUUACUUAAUUGAACUUGUGAAAGUUUUAACAAGCAAUUAAAUUUUCUUUUAUUUAGAUUGUCAGUUUCAUUCAGCAAACAUAGUUUAGUUGUAAUAGGUCAAAUCCAUGUAAUUUUUACUCAACUUUAUUAGGUUCGUCAAACCAAAUUUACUAAGGUUUAAUUUAAUUUUUUUAUGUUGGCCCAACUUAACUUUUUUUUAUUCAUUAAUUUAUGCCAGGUGAACAAGUGUAAGGACACUGAAACUGUUGAACUGUCAAUUUGAUAACAACUGCUUAUAGAACUAAGCAGCACUCGAAUCAAACAUCACUUGAAAGUGAAAAUCCAUCCUCAAACUAAGCACAAGCCACAAUCUUUACCACAGGCACUCUUUUUAAAUACCAAUAUAACACAAUAUUAAACAUUAAAAGUGCACUCAGUAAUUUUGUCUUCAUUAAAAAAAGUGUAACUCCUAAAGACAUGAAUUGUAAUUUUGCAAUAUAUGUAGGAAAUCAUGAGCACUCACAUUAAAAUGAAGUCAUAUCAGUAACCUUAUAAAAGCUGUUUUAUUCUACAUGGAGAGGGUCCGCACAUGGGGGCUACCAUAUUAGAAUCACAUGACCAGCCGAAUACUACUCACUUAAUCUCAGUAAUCGUCCUGUUAUUUGACACUUUCACUCAUUGAUUAAAGUAAUGAUGACUGUGAAUGCUAAAUUUCUACAAUGGCAUCUGAAACUGAAAUCUAUUGAUUUUAAAUGAUGCUGCAUCCAAGACGUCAAGGUGUCAGUGUAAGUCCAAGAUGACACAAAGACAAAAGUUACUGAGUGCACCUUUAAAAAAAUCUUCUCAUAUUCUCAUUCUGUUAAAAAAAAAAAAAAAAAAAAAAAAAAAUAUAUAAAAUAACACUUAAUUUCAACAUUUGUUCACCCCAUCCAGUCCCAUGCAAAGCAUGCUGGGAAAUGGAAAUCCCCUGCCCAGUUUCAUCAAUGCUACAAAAGGUAUUCAUGUAGUCCAAACGCCAUGUUUUUCCAAAGUAUGCGGUAAUGGAGAGCAUUUUACAAAUGUUCCGUUUUUCGGUGGAGGAAAAUGACAUUAGUGUGGAUGAGAGGCAUAAAGUGAAAUUUCCAAACAAAAACAUGUUAAUGUGAACGGCCUCAGAAGUAACUUCUCUUUUCUGAGCCAUUUUUGCCAUUAUUUUUAACCAACUGAUGCCAAGGUGAUUUUUAGUGGCUGUAUGAAGUCAGUUCCCCUCACUUUCAAACAACAAAAUCUGCUGGCUAAAAUGAAUACAUUAAUAUUAGUAUGGCCGCCCAUGUGUUUAAAAGAACUCAAUAACUGUGUUGCUAGAAUACAGUUCCAAUCUUCAUAUUGUGUUUAAUAAUCAGUUUUGAUGUAUGUUUCAUUUUAGGCAGGACAGAAUACUCAACAAUAAAACCAACACACAUGUGGUAACCAUGGAUUAAAUUGAAAUUUGUGAGUAGGGGGAACCCAAAAAACAGACAUCAUGACAUUUUUAGAGUGAUAUAAACAUUCAGUAAUGUCUGAGCUUGACCAGUAGGUGUCAGUGUUGGCAUGAUCAGAUGUUUCAGAAGAUUUUCUAUUAUUCUGUACAAAUACAGUGGCCUCAAAAAAUAUUUGGACACUCAGGGCACAUGUCUGAAUGUCAUUGCAUUUGAUAUUUUGUUAUCAAAGCAAGUGGUAUCUGUAAACAAAUGAUGGCAAACUUCUGAGCCAUUUUUUAAAUGACUUUUAAGCAGCUGGUGUUGUAAUACCUUUACAUUUGGCAGAUGCUU